ACAGUGCAAAAAAGACUGAUCUUUGAAUUCGAAAGGAAUUUUCUUGGAGAUGCUCGACUGGUAAGAAAGGAAGGAGUAAUCCAUGGCAUCAUUACCAUUUUCUUCAUCUUCUUCAACUUCUUCUGUCUUGAAGCUCGAAAAGGAUCCAAAUAAUUUCCUCACAUCCGGAAAUCUCGCAGCCUUAACUCGUCAGCUCCGACUCUACAAGGCUCCUUCAAUUCCUGAUCUAUCAUCUGAUUACGAAGAACAAAGGGUCGAGGAGAAUACCGGAAAAGUUGUUUCUCAGGUUGGUUUUGUUGAAUCAGCAACCCCAAUUGCAAUUAAACCCGAUAGAUUCCGACCCAAGAAGGCGGCGGUUCUAAUCUGUCUCUUUCAAGGAGAAAAAGGCGAUCUUCGUGUCAUACUUACUAAACGCUCUUCUAAGCUUUCCACUCAUUCAGGUGAAGUGUCACUUCCUGGAGGCAAGGAAGAAGAAGGAGACGUUGAUGAUGCUGCAACUGCAACAAGAGAGGCGAAGGAGGAAAUUGGAUUGGACCCUUCUCUUGUUAAUGUAGUCACUUGUCUCGAACCCUUUUUGUCUAAGCACCUGUUAAGAGUAAUCCCUGUGAUUGGCAUACUUUCCGAUAUAAAAGAAUUCAAGCCCACCAUUAAUGCUGAUGAAGUAGAUGAAUUGUUUGAUGCUCCAUUGGAAAUGUUUAUUAAGGAUGAGAAUAGGAGGUCAGAGGAACGAGAAUGGAUGGGAGAUAAGUAUCUGAUCCACUAUUUCGACUAUGAAAGUGAUGAUGGUAAGAAGAAGUAUGUAAUAUGGGGGUUAACAGCUGGGGUUCUGAUUAGGGCAGCCUCACUUGUGUAUCAAACAUCUCCACCAUUCUUGGAGCAAAACCCUAAAUUCAGGUUUCCUAAUCAUGUCAACAAGGGCACUGUUGUUCUUCCUUAGGAUUGGUGACUAUGUUUGUGUUGGUCCAAUUUCAAUGUCUUAUGUUUUGUUGAAAUUUAAGUAAUAAAUAAAAAUUUCAAUGGAAUUCACCCUUGUACAAUUUCAUUUUAACACGGGCUAGGG